GGAGGCUCCGCCGCCGCUGCUCUCGAGGCCGCUACCGCCACCGUCGCCGCGUAGAGCCGGAGCAGGAGCCACGGCCGAGAGGAGGGAGGAGGAGGAGGAGGAGGUGGAGGAGGUGCCGGACCGGGGGGAUUGUCAGUAUUUAAACAGACCACAUCAUGCGUGAGUACAAGCUAGUGGUCCUUGGUUCAGGAGGCGUGGGGAAGUCUGCUCUGACAGUUCAAUUUGUUCAGGGAAUUUUUGUUGAAAAAUAUGACCCAACGAUAGAAGAUUCCUACAGAAAGCAAGUUGAAGUAGACUGCCAACAGUGUAUGCUGGAAAUCCUGGAUACAGCGGGGACGGAGCAGUUUACAGCAAUGAGGGAUUUGUAUAUGAAGAACGGCCAAGGGUUUGCACUAGUAUAUUCUAUUACUGCUCAGUCCACGUUUAAUGACUUACAAGACCUGAGGGAACAGAUUUUACGAGUUAAGGACACAGAAGAUGUUCCAAUGAUUUUGGUUGGCAAUAAAUGUGACCUGGAAGAUGAGCGAGUAGUUGGCAAAGAACAGGGUCAGAAUUUAGCAAGACAGUGGUGUAACUGUGCCUUUUUAGAAUCUUCUGCAAAGUCAAAGAUCAACGUUAAUGAGAUAUUUUAUGACCUGGUCAGACAGAUAAAUAGAAAAACACCAGUGGAAAAGAAGAAGCCUAAAAAGAAAUCGUGUCUGCUGCUCUAGACCCACAGUAAGCAGCAGCUCUGAGCCAGAUUACAGGAAUGAAGAACUGUUGCCUAAUUGGAAAGUGCCAGCAUUCCAGACUUCAAAAAAUAAAUCUGAAGAGGCUUCUCCUGUUUUAUAUAUUAUGUGAAGAAUUUAGAUCUUAUAUUGGUUUGCACAAGUUCCCUGGAGAAAAGAAUUGCUCUGUGUAUAUCUCUUGGAAAAUAAGACAAUAGUAUUUCUCCUUUGCAAUAGCAGUUAUAACAGAUGUGAAAAUAAAUAUACUUGACUCUAAUAUGAUUAUACAAAAGAGCAUGGAUGCAUUUCAAAUGUUAGAUAUUGCUACUAUAAUCAAAUGAUUUCAUAUUGACCUUUUUAUCAUGUUUCCUCCCUGUCAAGCACUAAAAAGUUGAACCAUUAUACUUUAUAUCUGUAAUGGUAUAGAUUAUGAAAAUUUCCCCUCAAACUCAUUGCAGCAGAUAACUUUUUUGAGUCAUUGACUUCAUUUUAUAUUUAAAAAAUUAUGAAAUAUCAUUCUGUCAUUAUAUUCUAAUUAAAAUUGUUUGUGCAUAAUGCUUUGGAAAAAAUGGGUCUUUUAUAGGGAAAAAACUGGGAUACUGAUUUCUAUGGCUUUCAAAGCUAAAAUAUAUAAUAUACUAAACCAACUCUAAUAUUGCUUCUUGUGUUUUACUGUCAGAUUAAAUUACAGCUUUUAUGGAUGAUUAAAUUUUAGUACAUUUUCA